UUCUUGUUCUGUUUGUCAAACCGUGCGGUUGUCAGAACUUUGAAAAUUUUCUUUUGCAACGUCUUGGCGACGUUUUUAAUUCAUUUCUUUCGGCACAAAGAAAAGGCAAAAGGCAACGCAAAAUCGUUGCAUAUUUUUCAAAGCCAGAGCGGUCGCAAGUUCUUGAGAAUUGCAUUAGUAAUAUUGCAUUUUAUCUUUAUCCAAAAUUAAUAAAAAAAAUUAAAUAUCGAGUCUCAAUAGUUUGCACUAAAUUUCCUCAUUCAAAUUCUAUUUAUAUUAUUGUAACAAGUGUUUGGAAGUUGCUGGAAAACGUGUCGCAACGCGUUUACCGAGAGUUUACGAUAUACGUUAAACGCGCUCCAGUUGCCAUUGCCGACAGGAUAACACACGCCCCACACGCCCCAGGAUAAUCGCUGCUCGUGAAAAUGAGUUUUCACAAAAGCGACUCACGCACGCCGCUAGCACCGGCGGAAUAUACCAAAAUUCCGACGGUUGUGACGGUCUACGAUAGCGAGAAGAAAAACGGCAGCAGGAAUAAUGCGAACAUUGGGCAACCCAAAUUCAUACGCUCCGACAUGGCCGAUGUGCCUGUCCAGCAGGCGGCUGGCUCGACUCUUCCCCUGGUGCUGACGCGCAAAAAAGGCGGCGACGAUGGCGAGGAUGGCACCUACAAUCCCUUCGAGCAUCGCAAAGUGGUGCAUCCAACUUCCGAUAUGGAAACAUUUGUGCAUCUGCUCAAAGGUUCGCUGGGCUCCGGCAUUCUGGCCAUGCCCAUGGCCUUUGCCAAUGCCGGUCUCUGGUUCGGUUUGAUUGCCACUUUCGCCGUUGGCGCUCUCUGCACUUAUUGUGUCCACAUCUUGGUGAAGUGUGCGCAUAUUCUGUGCCGUCGUCGCAAGAUUCCCAUGAUGGGAUUCGCCGAUGUCGCUGAACAGGCUUUCCUCGAUGGUCCGCCGGCAUUGAAUCGCUGGUCCCGCUUCAUACGCUUUAUGGUGAAUACGUUUCUGGUGUUCGAUCUGCUCGGUUGCUGUUGCAUCUAUCUGGUGUUUGUGGCCACCAAUCUGCAGCAAGUUGUCGAUGUCUAUUUGGAGACACAAUUGAGCGUUCGCCUGUGGAUUGUCAUUGUCUCAGCUCCGCUGGUCUUCAUGUGUCUGGUGCGCAAUCUCAAGUUUCUGACGCCCUUCUCGAUGAUCGCCAACAUUCUGAUGUUUGUCGGCAUUGUCAUCACGUUUGUCUACAUGUUCUCCGAUCUGCCAGCGCCCGCUGAACGCGAAGGCAUUGUGAAGCCAACACAAUGGCCGCUCUUCUUCGGCACCGUCAUCUUUGCUCUGGAAGGCAUCGGUGUAGUUAUGUCCCUGGAGAACGACAUGAAGAACCCCACUCACUUCAUUGGUUGCCCAUCGGUGCUCAACUUCGGCAUGGGUCUGGUCAUUGGUCUGUACACUCUUGUUGGCUUCUUUGGCUAUCUGAAGUAUGGGAGCGAAACCGAGGCCAGCAUUACGCUGAAUCUGCCAAAGGAAGACAAAUUGGCUCAGUCUGUCAAGCUGAUGAUUGCCAUUGCCAUAUUCUUUACCUUCACGCUGCAGUUCUAUGUGCCCGUCAGCAUUCUGUGGAAGGGCAUUGAGAGCAAGAUUUCCGCUGCGCGCCAAAACAUCAGCGAGUAUGCACUUCGUGUCUCACUUGUGGUGCUUUGCUGUGCCAUCGCUGUUGCGCUGCCCAAUUUGGGUCCAUUCAUCUCCCUCAUUGGCGCCGUUUGCCUCAGCACUCUGGGCAUGAUUGUGCCCUCGAUAAUUGAGCUGGCUGUGUAUUAUGAGGAGCCUGGCUAUGGCACCUUCAAGUGGCGACUGUGGAAGAACUCGGGCCUGAUACUGUUCGGAAUUGUGGGCUUCGUGACGGGCACAUAUGUGAGCAUACGCGAGUUCCAGGCUGAGUUCGCUGGUGGACAUGAGAAGUGAGCAAAGAUGUCGAAAAGAUGUCUCACGUUAUGCUAAUUUAAUUUAAAUUAGUUUUAAUAAAACUCUUCUAAGCACAGGGAUAUCUAAGUUAAGUUUUUAACUAAUUUUAGGGCUAACCAAAGUUUUGUAAGAUUCUCCCUCUGCUUCUCACAUCCAUAUCUUAAUUUCGCAACUAAACAAACCAAACAAAAU